UUGCAUAACAAAAAACUCCACUCUCUACAGGUGGUUCAGGUCCUGUAUGGCACCUACAUGGCUGCCGAGGUUGCAUACUUCACAUACAUCUACGCCAAGAUUAGCCGGGACAAGUAUCAACAGGUUACCGGCAAUACUCGGGCAGCAAUUCUGAGUGGGCGAUUUUUGGCAAGCGUUCUCGGCCAAGCAAUGGUGUCCACCGGCGCCAUGGAUCUUCGGGAGCUGAACUAUAUUACGCUGGGUGCGCAAGCAUUUUCCUUGCUGUGGUCGUUCAUUUUACCACCGGUCAAAAGCAGCAUCUACUUCUACUCGGACUCCGGCGACUACAGUAAAAGUCACACAGAUUCCGGCAACGGCGCAGUCCAGGCGGAAAUUGAAAAUGAUAGCCGUAGUGCCAGUACCAUUUCAGUUUGUAGUCGAAACGGCACCGUCACUGCCAAUGGCGACAACCAAACCAAAUCCGAUGUUGAUCUGACCUCCAAUGCGGCAGUUGUCAGUGCCUUCGAGAGUCGUAAACCCCAAGAUUCGGACGGCAGCAACACUUCAAAGGUUCGAUUUUCGUGCCAUCGAGCUGGUAAUUUGAUAUGGACACACUUCACGGCAGCUUACUCGAACCUCACAAUAGUGCAGUGGAGCUUGUGGUGGUCAUUGGCCAUGGCUGGUUUCAUUCAGGUGCAAGUCUACGUGCAGCUUCUGUGGCAGGAAAUCGACCAGAAUCAGGAGUACCUCUACAAUGGCGGGGCGGAAGCUUUGUUGACCUUGCUGGGAGCCAUCAGUGCCAUGGCAGCCGGAUACGUGGCCAAUCGAGUCUUCGAGCAGUGGACACUGUGGGUCUUGACCGUGUGCUCCGCCCUGCAGGGUGGAUUGAUACUGUACUCCGGCUUCUCGACAAAUAUUUGGGCAGCGUAUACCGUUUACAUUCUGUUCGGAGCGCUGUACAUGUUCAUGAUAACGAUGGCCAGUGCAACCGUGGCCAAAUAUCUGCAGGAGGACAGUUUUGGAUUAAUUUUCGGCAUAAAUACGUUCGUGGCGUUGGCCUUCCAGUCCAUCCUGACUGUGGUGGUCAUUUCCGAGUCGGGCCUGAUGCUGACGCCACGUGGCCAGUUCAAAGUUUACGGCGGCUACUUCCUGGCCCUGGCUGCGGUAUAUCUCGUGCCGGCAACUGUCAGCAGCGUGAGGCACUGUAGCAGGGGGAGGAGGUCACCGGAGGGCGAUAGUGGCAUUGGCGAUGAAAGUGGAAAAGUUGAUCCCCAAAUGAUGGCAACGCAAAGCAACCGGCAGCAGCAGCGGGUGGAACUCGAGGGGAGCACUCAUUUUUAAUCGCUUUGUAGGUAAUUGUUUUGAAAAAUGAAAAAAGCUUGUUGGUGCGAUAGCAAUUAGGUUAAUGAAGUGUUACAAUUUGAACAAACUGUAAUAAAUCGUGAUGUGCGCUUGUGUUUUUAGUUUACCAAUA